CCACAUACAGGAGGCAAGUGCUGCCUUGUGUGCACCUCUGCCAGUACGCUACCCGAAAAUUUCCACUACACGAACAAGCGUUUGAGGGAGAGCGGCACCAGAAACGGCCGCUUCAUGCAGUGAUGCAGCCCCUAACGCCAAAGAAAUCCUGAUCGAACCACAGGACACAACCGGCUGUCGGCUUGCCUGGACGGAAAACAAUGAUGUUGCACGACUUGCCUCGAAAUACAUUCUGAAUGAUUGAAGACUACAGUGGGAGCGGUGACAACAUGGCAGAUAGACGGCAACUGUUAGUGGAGAUGAGCUGCUCCAAACCAUUUGCUCCUAGAGGGGCUCAAGAUUUGGAUUCCAUACGAUUAUCGACGUAUAGAACAGCCUGCAAACUUAGAUUUGUGCAGAAGAAAUGCAAUCUGCAUUUAGUCGACAUCUGGAAUGUCAUCGAGGCUUUCCGAGAGAACGGCAUCAACACCAUGGACCUCAACGCUGAGCUCUCUGUGGCUCGUCUAGAAGUGGUACUGUCCACCCUUUUCUACCAGCUGAACAAGCACAUGCCCACCACUCACCAGAUUAACUUAGAUCACUCAAUCAACCUGCUGCUCAACGUCCUGCUGGCAUCGUAUGACCCGGAGAGCCAUGGCAAGAUAUCUGUCUUUGUUGUGAAGAUGGCCCUCGCAACCAUCUGUGGCGGGAAAAUUCUGGAUAAAUUAAGAUAUAUUUUUUCACAGCUAUCAGAUUCUGCUGGAUUAAUGGUGCAUUCACAGUUUGACCAGUUUCUGAGGGAGGUUCUGAAAUUACCCAUGGCGGUUUUCGAGGGACCUUCUUUUGGUUAUACCGAACAAGCUGCGAGAGCAUGCUUUACCCAGCAGAAAAAGGUCUCCCUCAAUACAUUCCUCGAUACGUUGAUGUCAGACCCGCCCCCUCAGUGUCUGGUGUGGUUACCGCUCAUGCAUCGACUCGCCAACGUAGAGAAUGUCUUUCACCCGGUCGAGUGCUCCUACUGCCACACUGAGAGUAUGAUGGGCUUCCGCUACCGCUGCCAGCAAUGUCAUAAUUACCAGCUCUGUCAGGACUGCUUCUGGAGGGGGCAUGCCAGUGGUCCCCAUAGCAACCAGCACCAAAUGAAGGAGUAUACGUCAUGGAAAUCCCCUGCUAAGAAGUUAUCCCAUGCCCUCAGUAAGUCACUGAGCUGUGCUUCCAGCAGAGAGCCUCUUCACCCAAUGUUUCCUGAAAUGCCAGAGAAACCUCUCAAUCUAGCGCACAUUGUGCCACCAAGACCAAUGAAUUUCACCAAUGACUACGCACUCUCCCACUCCAUGCCAACAUCAGGGAACCCUUACUCCACCAAAAAUUUGCCUUACAGCAGGAAUAAUGAUGUUGAAAUAAGAAAGCCCCUGACUGGGGCAGCUCCUCAUCUGUUGAAAGGUAAAGGGUUGAACUACAACCUCGACGUUGCUGAUAGACUUUCUGACGAACAUGCUCUGAUUGGCUUCUAUGUGAAUCUACUCCAAAACAACCCCAACACAUGUUUGCUGGAGAGCAGUAACCAUCAGGAUGAAGAGCACAGCCUCAUCGCCCGCUAUGCUGCUAGACUGGCUGCUGAUGCUGCGGCUCAGCAGCAGAGGAUCCCCACAGACCUCCCAUUCUCUCUUGAUGCCAACAAACAGCAGAGGCAGCUCAUCGCUGAGCUCGAGAGCAAAAACAGAGAAAUCUUGCAGGAAAUCCAGCGGUUGCGCCUUCAGCAUGAAGAGGCUUCCCAGCCACCUCCUGACAAGGGCCAACAUAACCCCACCCUGCUGGCUGAGCUACGACUUCUCAGGCAACGCAAAGAUGAGCUUGAACAAAGAAUGUCUACUCUGCAGGAGAGUCGCAGGGAACUCAUGGUGCAGCUGGAGCAGCUAAUGAUGCUUCUCAAGCUGGAGGAAGAACGGAGAGAAGCUACUCAGGGUCCAGGCUCUCCACGCUCUUCCCCUAGCCACACCAUCAGCCGACCGAUCCCCACACCAAUUCAAUCCAACUCUGCUGUCACAACCCCAACGCACACACCUCAGGAUUCACUGAUGGGCGUGGGAGGGGAUGUUCAGGAGGCCUUCGCUCAGGGUCCAAGGAGAAAUUUGAGAAACGACUUACUCAUUGCAGCUGACUCCAUCACCAACACAAUGUCAUCACUGGUCAAAGAACUCAACUCAGAAGGUGGAAGCGAGACUGACAGCAAUGUGGAUUCAGACUAUGGACGCGGCGACCUUUUGGCCACUAACUCCUCAGAUCCUCUAUUCACAUUUAAACCAAGGAGUCACAGUGUUACACAGGAGAGCUUUGAGAACGACCUGGAGCAGCAGCUGGAGGACGAGCUCACGCUGGAGGAGAUGAUGGAGCACAGGCAGGAACCGGACAAAACUUGCAUGGUGACUCUGCAGCAGUAACCGUGUGAGUCCAUGUCACUGGUGAGCAGUAUAAAAAGCAACAAUAGUAGAAGACACUGGAAGAGACAUCACUGGGCCUACAGUACAGAGCACUGAAGAUAUGAAGAAUUCAAGUUUAAUAAAUGGCUGAAUCCAACCAUAGAAUACAUUUAUGUAAAGAUAUAUUUUUUAACCAACCACAUAUUGAAGGUAAUACUGUGAGCUGAUGUAAAGAGAUUCAUUAGUGAGCUGUCUAUUAUACCACUGGUGCCAUAAAAACCACAUGACUUUGAGGAAUUACUUCUUGAUUAUUAGCCUUUUUAUAUGAGUUGUCAAGCAAAUGUUAGUACUUCAGUGUAAGUACAGGGUGGCAAACAUGAUUCAAAUCACAGUUUAAAAUUAUUUUGUUUUAUGACAGUGAAACAAUGCAGGUUUAAAUAUUAAUUUUGGUCAUCUGAUACAAGUUGGGAUUGAAGAUUUAGAUGAUAAAACUGCAAUAUUUUGUAAAUGUCUAACUCAGACAGAUUUUACCACUGUUCCAUUUAGAUUUCUUACCGUUGCUGUUGUGUGGCUUUUGUAUUGUUUUUGACUUGUUUUUGGAGCAGGCCAUCAGACAUAUUUGUUUUAGGCCAUUUGAUACACUAAUAUUAAAAAUGCACACUGCCUUAUAGCUGUCUGAAUGACCUCUUAAGAGAGCUCAUUCAAGCUGCAAUGCAGCAUGUAGCUCAACAAAACAACUGUUCAGAAGCAUCGCUCAUUGAAUUCAUUGGAAAAGUGAGGUUUAACUCAUUAAAUCCGAUGCUAUGAAGUCAUCAUGUCUGAGAGGGAUUUAAUUAACAUACAUGUACACUGUCUAUAUAUAACAUGAAUUCAAUAUCAAUUACAGAUGGAUUUGUUCUAUAUGUUACACACAAUUCCUAAUGUAUCAAAUUCAAGAGUUUACAAUGGUAAGAGCAUUGUGUUUUACCAUGGGUUGUUGAUCAAUUAAAGUUUGACCACAGGUUAUCUGCCAUUUUUCAUUUGUUAGCACCAAUGCUCUCACACAGAAACUCCUGUGUGUAUUGCACACCAUCACACACUCUUGAUGUACUUUCUGAGUGCGCGUGAACCUUAACUCAGUCACUUUGAGAAAAGUGGCAAGCCAAUCUAAAAAGUAUAAAUGUGUGAAAUAUAUCUAGUUUGAUUUUUGAGCAAGUUCAUAGCAGUGAUUUUGCAUGGUGGUGAUGCAUAAUAAAGUGGUGACACAAUAUUACAA